AUGAGCAAUUCGUCUGCAAACGAUUCAUCCACCAUUUCUAUGACUGAACAGUCGAGUCCUGUGUCGUCGGCAAUUUCAGAAACUCGACAUUCAAGAACAAAUUCAAGUGCCCCAAAGAUUGAAACGUUCAAUGUCUUGGUUUUGGGAAACUUAAAGGCGAAGAAAAGCCUUGUGAAGCGUGUGUUUGGCGUCAAGUAUCUUCGAAAGAAAUCUGGAAGCUCUGACACUUCGUUGUCGAAUUUUCUCUGCUCUCCUCAAAACAAGCUAUUCCUAGCCUUCUGUUCUUCCCUAAACAAACAAUCACUUGAAUCUAUCCACGAGUUUCUGAAAAAAGAGCCUUCGGUUUCACGCCCUGUCAUUCAUUGCAUUUGGUACCAAGUUGAUGCGCGAAACACCUCACCCGAGGAAUUGAGGAUGCUUCAGGAAUUGACAGUCUACGAUAUCCCAAUUAUUUCUAUCUUAUACAAUCUGGAGGAUUUGAUUGCCGAUUGCUCGAAAAGCGUAAAUGACAACUCAAGUGACGCCACCGUUGUUAGCGAUUCAAAGACAGAGCUGUCCUCUUCCGUUCAAGCAUGUGCGCACAUUCACGCGCUCUCGAAAAUAUCUAGUCCAGCUCAUAGGACAGAAUUGGUAUUUACUACGUGUCAUCUGCUGGAUGAUGCAGAAUACCUCUUGUUCGUCAGCGCGCAGCGCGAAAACGCCGAGGCAAAAUUCUUCGCCAGUAUUCUAGCGGGACUUUCACGGACAAACAUUGCUACCAUUGGUAGCUCCCACCCGUUUCCCAUCCCACUCUCAAGCUUCUUGUCCAACACAAUUGCUGCGCGUUUAAUUGUAAAUGAUAUUAUACGUAUAUGGAACCUUGAUGAUGCAUUCAAUGUAUGUUCCAAACACAUAUCUUCGUGGAAUAAGAAUCCCUCUGAAAUUAUCCACAUGUUAGGAUCGGCGCUUUUAACCUCUGUAUUUAUGCCCUUGCAUCUUAUUAAGGGUAUUUGGGAGGCUCCAUUAGCCGUGAAGGCAAUGAUUGUAUGCACGGCUGACGCCUGCUUGCCUCUUGAACGCAUGCAUUACUACUGUCUCUCUGGAGGCGUCCUCACCGAGGAAACUGUUAUGGCUUUUGUUCAGCAUUACGACAAAGCAGUUGGAUGUCGCCUCCGUGAAUAUCUUUCUGACACCACAGAAUUCAAUGCCAUCACUUCCUUUUCCCAAGACGUGAUCUAUAGCGAGGCUUCUCGUGUCAUUAAGCGUUUCCGUUACCUACCCCGUGCCAAACACGAAGAACUAGAAGUUCCUCUCAUGAGAUAG